CCUCCCUCUCUCGUCCUCCUCUUUCAGUCGUGGUGCAAGCAGCCAUGUUGCCGCGAGCUUGUUCCGGUAUCAGGGCAGGAUCGUGCGCAUAGACUGCAUUCGGGCGCAGCUCGUCGCCUCUCUCCCCCUGCCGCCCGUGACACGCACCUCCGAAAAAGAAAAGCCCAGUUUGCCGAUAAUGGAUUUUACAACUUGAUGAUUGCUGCUUCUGUCGGCUCGCGACGGGAAUAAUAGCAGUCGGUGUACCGACGGGGCGAACUGGUAUAUCGCCACACUGCAGUGCAGCACUGGUGAACGACCUUAUUCCAAUCACGCAACACAAGGAAGAGCGCCGGUGAUUUCCGUGGAUUUUGAGUUUUGUGGGCUGCUCUGUGGCAGUCACCCCCACUGCGGCCGCAGGAGGAUAAGCUAACCUGCUAGCUUUGCUUCGAAAGAAACACCGAAUUAGCUAGCUACAUGGUGCUAAUAUUGGUCAGCCACUUAGCUAGCGCAACAAAUUAAUUCGUGUUUCUCACUUGCCAUGUGACCAUUUUACAUGGUACUGCUUUUUAUUUUUUGGAUCCUCUAACCUGGAUAUCAACCUGGGAACAUUUUGAAUUGUUUUGUGUGAGUUGAGAAGGUCGAGACCUCGCCGGGAAUAACUUUGGCCUGAAAGUUUGUAGACCCCGGACCUGGUCUCAGACCUGAAAGGAAACAUAUCUGCCACGAAAAGAGAAAAACAGGCGUCGACACAGCGUUAUGAAGACGCUGGAUAAACACUUGUUGUAGAUUUUCGGUGACAGUUUUGGCUUCCUCGGACGUUAGUUAGCAGUCUACAGGUUAGCAUGCUACCUGCCUAAUUGAACCUUGUCUCGUUCAAUACAACCGUUGCCCAACUUUUCUUCAAGCUAAGCAAAGUAGCUAGCUGGCCGAAACGUCACAGCUUUAGGCUGGUAGCUGGCUGGUCUCCAUCGACGCUAAUACAUGCCAAUUGGAAAUUGAAUGUUUUCACAGUCAGACCGAAGCUAAAGAGGUCAUUUGCUUUUUCCUGUUUUGUGCGUGUUGACAAACAUGGGACGUGCGUUUGCCGCUAGCUAGUUUCCAGCUAGCUGGCUAACUCGGCUAGCCGCUGAUGUGGGAUUCAACUUGUUGAUUCACGGGCUAUCUGUCGUGCUGCUAGCUGGCUAGCACUGGACAUCUGUUGGAAAUUUCCCUCUACCAUCAACUCGACAGGUUUUAAAUGCACAAUAGACACUGACGAAUCGUCCUUGUUUCGCAGUUCCUUUUCCCUUUUUUGGCAACUUCAAGUCUUUCGAAAAUGUCAACAAGGAUCCCUCUGGUGCAAGUCAUUGAGAAUUCGACUGGACAGGAGUCCAAGUCAUCCGGCCGCUCCAGUAUGCCGCGAUGUCGGAACUCCGUUGCCACGACCACAUCAGAUGACCAGCCGCACAUUGGUAACUAUCGGUUGCUAAAAACCAUCGGCAAAGGCAACUUCGCCAAGGUCAAACUGGCACGACACGUCCUCACCGGAAAAGAGGUGGCUGUAAAGAUCAUUGAUAAGACACAGCUCAACUCAUCCAGUUUGCAGAAGCUCUUCCGGGAGGUGAGGAUCAUGAAGAUGUUGAAUCACCCCAACAUAGUCAAGCUCUUUGAGGUGAUAGAGACAGAGAAGACUUUGUACCUGGUAAUGGAGUACGCUAGUGGAGGAGAGGUUUUUGAUUACUUGGUGGCCCAUGGCAGGAUGAAGGAGAAAGAAGCCCGUGCCAAAUUCAGACAGAUUGUGUCAGCGGUGCAGUAUUGCCAUCAGAAGUGUAUAGUACACAGAGACCUCAAGGCGGAGAACCUGCUGCUGGACGCAGACAUGAACAUCAAGAUAGCAGACUUUGGCUUCAGUAAUGAGUUCACUCUGGGGAACAAGCUGGACACGUUCUGCGGGUCCCCGCCCUAUGCUGCCCCGGAGCUCUUUCAGGGCAAGAAGUACGACGGGCCUGAGGUGGACGUGUGGAGCCUGGGGGUGAUCCUGUACACACUGGUCAGCGGCUCGCUGCCCUUCGAUGGGCAGAACCUCAAGGAACUGAGAGAGCGUGUGCUGCGUGGUAAAUACCGGAUUCCUUUCUACAUGUCUACGGACUGUGAGAAUCUGCUUAAAAAGUUCCUCAUCCUGAACCCCUCCAAAAGAGGCAGCCUCGAGCAGAUAAUGAGGGACCGGUGGAUGAAUGUGGGCUACGAGGAGGAAGAACUCAAACCCUACAUUGAACCCAUGCCAGAUUAUAAGGACCCUAGGAGGACAGACAUCAUGCUGCAGAUGGGAUUCUCUCAGGAGGAGAUCCAGGACUCACUGGUGAACCAGAAGUACAAUGAUGUGAUGGCUGCAUAUCUGCUACUGGACUAUAGGAACUCUGAGCUGGAUGAAAGUGGCAUCAAACCCCGGCCAGGAAGUGAUGUAAGCAACAUAAACGCCCCCUCCCCGCCUCAUAAGGUACAACGCAGUGUCUCGUCCAACCAGAAGCCUCAGAACCGCAGACCCACCGACCAAGGCUCCUCCUACUCUAAGAGAGGGGGUCAAGCAGACAACAGGACUGCAGCAGAGGAUUCUGGGAGGAAAGGUUCAUCUGGCAGCUCCACUACCAAGGUGCCGGCCAGCCCUCUGGUCUCGGCUGACCGCAAGCAGAGCGCCACACCUUCCACCAAUAGCAUCCUGUCCACUGGACGCAGUCGGAACUCUCCUCUGACUGAGAGAGCCACACUGGGCCAGGGCAUCCAGAACGGCAAGGACAGCCUAAACACUCCGGGCUCCCGCGCCUCCACUGCCUCGGCUGCUGCCGUCCUCUCUUCCUCCUCCUCCUCCUCCUCCUCGCGUAUCCGCCACCACAAGUCCCUGUCCUCCUCCAAUCAUCCAUGCCCCUCUGACCUGCACGCACCACGACCCAGUGCCCCAACUCAGCGGGCACCUGGUGCCUCCCCAUCUGCCCACAACAUCAGCAGCGCUGCCGUGUCAGACCGUCCCAACUUCUCCCGAGGGGUGGGCAUCCGCAGCACAUUCCACGCAGGCCAGCAGCGGGGUGCUCGGGACCAGCAGGGCUCCGCCUACCCUGGCGGGCCUGCGUCCCCGUCACUGUCACAUGGCAAUAGCCAGGCCCGGAGGACACAUGGUGCUACAGGGAUUUUCAGCAAGUUCACAUCCAAGUUUGUACGCAGAAAUCUCUCGUUCAGGUUUCCGAGAAGGAGUCCGUAUGAGGGAGAGGGUCGGGAUGAGGGGAGCAGGUCUAUGCUGAGCAGUACAGUGGACAAGUCGGAGAAGACGUCUGGUGGUGUUCUCUCCUCCUCUUCCAACAAUGACGAGAACAACUCCUCACCAGGAUCUGGCAACACUGGUGGCACCGGCACACCUCCCGCCAUCGCCAGCCAGAAGGACUCGGCCAAGCCGCGCUCGCUUCGCUUCACUUGGUCCAUGAAGACCACGUCGUCCAUGGAGCCCAUGGAGAUGAUGCGCGAGAUCCGCAAGGUGCUCGACUCCAACAGCUGCGAGUACGAGCUGCGCGAGCGCUACAUGCUGCUGUGUGUGUCGGGCAACCCGGCCCGCGAUGACUUCGUCCAGUGGGAGAUGGAGGUGUGCAAGCUCCCGCGGCUCUCCCUUAACGGCGUGCGCUUCAAACGGAUCUCGGGCACAUCCAUCGCCUUCAAGAACAUUGCCUCAAAGAUUGCCAACGAGCUCAAACUGUGAGUGAGGAGGAGCAGUGAGGAGAGAUGAGAUUAAAGGGUGGAGGUGUGUGGGUGAAGGGGGUGAUAGCAAGGAGGAAGAUGCUGUAAGUGGGGUGGGGUCACUGUGGAGGUCAGGAGGUAAGCUAAAGGGUGGGAUCACUUUAAAAAUAACCUGAUUGUUAUGGACAAAGGUCUGAAGUAGGGCUAUCGGAUCUCUGAGACUAGAAAACGUUUCUUUUCUAGAAGUUUUGUUUCUUAAGUUUCCGAGGCAUUGAUGUCCUCUGAGUUGUGAAGUACUUAUAGACCGAGGUCUUCUCUCUUCCCUGCUGGGUUUUAUUUUUUUGUCACGUUCUACUUAGACGUUCCACUCUUCUGCAUGUCCGACCUGCUCCCUCUGUUUUUUAGAAGUCACACUUUGAUCACUUUGACCACUCCUGUCACUUCUUCCUGCUAUUUAUUCAGUUUUUCUGCACGGUUCUGCUGCCAGGUCUUUUUGGGUUGGGGGAAACCAGGUAGAAACGGGGGUUUGAUGGAGAACAAGGAGAGUAGAGGGACUGCCAAUUUAAAAAAAAAAAAAAACAACUUUCUACUUUCUCUCUGAAUCUCUAACAAGUGGUGAUGAAUGACCGAAAGCUCGGAGCCUUACUUUGCUGGAAAACUCAAAAGGAGUUUUGAUUUGAAUUUGUUCUGAUUCUCCUCCAAAACUGAUGGACUCCAACUGAGCCAGGACUUUGGUCGCUGAAGCCAACUGUCACACACAUGCACGCACGCACACACGCACGCACACACACACACAGAUGGACUCUUGAUGGACGAACUCGCUGUUGUUGGUUUAAGGACCCUCUCCGGCCUCCACCUGCCCGCACAAACCCCCCUCCUGCCCUGAAACGAACUUUUAGAAAUCCACCUGAUCCAUCCUUUCACCACAUCCCUUCUCACACACACACACACACACACACACACUCUUCACCACCCUCUCCCUCUUAUUUCAAACUGAACUCGGCACAAACACAUCCAUCUUUUCUGCCUCUUCACUCCUUUUUCUUCCUCAUUUUUAAAAUUUCUCUCAUGCCAUUGAGUCUCGAGGAGGCCAGUUAAACUUGAUGUCGUUGUUGAUUGUUUCGGGCUUCAACCCUUCAAGUCCACUUCUUUUCUUUCGUUUUUAGUAUCUUCUUUUAUGGCUUUUAAAAGAGUUGUGCACUGGAAAAGAGAGGCAUACGGGACUGGGGAGGGAAGGACAGUUGACGGAUGGGGUUGUUGAUGGAUUUUAUGUUGCCUUUCUUUAUAGAAUUAAAUUUGGGGUUUGUUUUUGUUGCAUACGUCAGCACAUGAAUGCUCAAAUGACUUAUUUGUACUUUUUUUUGUGUUGAUGUUGGUAUCGCUUUGGUUGGCAUCAUGCCUUCAUAUCCAGAAUGUCAACCCUGAACCGACACAUUUCUUGUCGCCCCCCCCCCCCAACACACACACACACACACACACACACACACAUUGAUUUAUGGUCCCCAAAAAAUACAAAAGAAGAAUCGACAAUGACAGCGAUGACGAAUGGUGAAUUAUUUUCUUCUUCUUUUGAUUUGAUAAUAUAUCUUUGUGUCAUUGAAGAUUUUUGGUUUGUACAGAUUUGGAUUUUAAGGGGGGUUGGACAGGGUGUGAAGGGUCACAUCGGAUCAUAUCUUUGCUGCCUUUUUUGGCGUAGUGCACCUUUAACACACAGCUCAUAAUGAAUCGGAUUAACCACAAAGCCCCCCCAAGUUCAGACAGGAGUUAUCGAUGUAUCUAAUAAUGUUAAUGGCGGUGAGAACUACUGCGCGUUCAUCUUUGGCCGUUUUCUUUAAUUUCAUCCAUUUGUUUUUAUUCAAAGGCCUUAUUGGUCCAGAAAGGCUCGAGGCGAAGAGAGAAGGCAGGAAAGACUUCUGCGUUGAAACGUUUCUCAUAUCAGAGCACAUUGACCUUCAGAACCGCAAAGCAGAAGAAGCCGCUUCCUGCCGUCUCUCUCUCUCUUUGUUCCAGUUUGUUCGAAGCAGAAGAAACACACACACACACACACACACACACACACACACACACACACACACACUCGGGGGUUUGAGAAAGGUCCCGUCAGCUGGUUGUACCUAACUUAACACUUUUCUUUCUUUCUAUCAUGAUGACACAUUGUCGUUUUAUUAUUUCUUUCAGUUUUUAAUACGUCAGAUUUUUUCUUUAAAAGUUGUUCAUUGUAUUAAGGUGCUGGGUAUUGGAUUCUAAUUAUUAUUCUGGCUGUUGCUGUUAUAUUAUCUCUUUCAGGGUUGAUUUUAUUUUACAUUAUUUCGUUUUACAUUGCUGUAAUUUACAUUGAUUUUAAAUGUGUUUUGAGCAAACUGUAACUGUAGUGGUGGGUUUGGGGUUGGGAGGGGUGAUCAACUCCUGAAAAAAUGUAUUAUUUGUUUUUUUUGUGCAAAGACAAAAUGAUGAAAAAUUACAAUGAUAGUAAUAAAAACAAUGAUAUAAUAUAGUCUGCCUCUGAAAUCCAUUAUGUUGAAAAAAGAGAAAUGUGUAAAGUCAAAUGAUCUCAUGUCUCCUCUCGUCUCAGCAGCUCUGCACACAUUCGGAGCACCAGGUCCGUUUAGUUGCUGCUGGUCAAAUAUGGACCUGGAAUCUGUUGACAGGCUUUGAACUGCAUGUGUGGAAAAAGGAGCAUAAAGCUUUUGUGGCUGCAUGUAGUCUGAUAAAUUACCUCCUUGGUGCUGGCUGUGUUGCAUUGUGGGUAAUGUAGGUACCAUGUUUUGAAAAGCAGUUCACUGGUCUAGUAUUGCACUCUAACACUGUGGACAGUGUACAACUCAUGUACCACCUCUGCAUUCUUGUUCCUUUUUAAAACUACAUUACACACAAUGCAUCUUUGCCACUGCUUUACAUCAGUCAGAUUCAAGGCUUUUUUGUGUCAGGAUACAAGAUUCAGCAAUAAAAUGAAUAUGAAAACUU